AUGAGGUCCAGCAAACAAGCCAAGAAGACCCGAGUGUUCACAGUCAGAAGAAAAAGAAGAGAGAGAGACAAAUUGAAACAAGAGGAUGGACGUGAAACAGCUGCUCAGCUCUUACCUUCUAUCCCUCCACAGAUUCUCUACAUCUGGCUAUUUUUCGUGCCCGUGUGGGCUUGUAAGAUGUGCUAUAAUGAGGACCAGCUGAGCGGGGUAGCAGAGAGGAAGCUGAGCCGCCACUACCUGCAGCAUCCCACUGUGAGCCGUGUGACCGCCCCACCUGGCUGCCCGUUGGAGCAGUUCAAGAAGGAUCCGCUGGUGCCCCACAACGACAGGUCCCUGUCCCCGUGGAGAUACGUACUCCAAACCGAUAUGGAUUACUACCCUUCUACCUAUGCUGAGGCCGAUUGCCUAUGCUCAGGAUGCAUCGUGUUCAAGAAAGAAAAACCAUUUGAGACUUACGACUACAACUCAGUCCCCGUCGUGCAGAGCAAGCUGUUUCUCAAGAAGGAGUCCUGCGGAAAUAACACGUACCACUUAAAGCCCGUCAGCAGAAAUGUAAAGGUGGGCUGCACCUGUGUCAGAGCUUUAGCCUCCCACUCCUAG